AUGCAAUUUUCUCUUCGUUUUGCAGAUGGUCGUUUGGUGUGCUAAUGUGGGAGAUCUUCACCUUAGGAGGAUCGCCCUACCCAGGAAUCCCAGUGGAGGAACUUUUUAAGCUGCUUAAAGAAGGGCACCGAAUGGAUAAACCUGCCAACUGCACCAAUGAACUCUAUAUGAUGAUGAGAGAUUGCUGGCAGGCUGUGCCUUCACAAAGACCAACUUUUAAACAGUUGGUAGAAGACUUGGAUCGGAUCCUUAUUCUCACAACUAAUGAGGAGUAUCUGGACCUCAGCGGACCUCUGGAGCAGUAUUCACCUAGCUACCCUGACACCAGGAGUUCGUGUUCUUCAGGUGAUGACUCUGUUUUUUCUCCUGAUCCAAUGCCUUAUGAACCUUGUCUUCCCAAGUACCAACACAUGAAUGGAAGCGUUAAAACAUGAAAAGAAGCAAGAACAUCAAGCUACCUACAACAUACAAAACAACAUCAUUUCUCCAGGACCCUAAAGAUUCUGCUUGUACAUAUGAAAUAUGGGAGAAAAAAAAAGGAAGAAAAAAACAAAAAAAGAAAACUUGGAGGAAAGCAGUCAGAUUGUACAUUAAAGAUCUCAUAAUGUGCAACUUUAAUUAAAUGUUCCAACGAAGAAGAAUGUUUAUGAGCUGUGUCUAGAUACCCAUCACUAUCAGUUUUCUGGCUUACCCUCAGCUGUGACAGACUUUGUUUGUACAAUGGACCAGUUGGACUUGAGGCAAACUCUGGGUCUGCCUUUCUUGUUUAUUUUGUAAUAUUUGGAGAAAAUAUAUGUUGGCACACACUUACAGAGCACAAAUGCAGUAUAUAGGUGCUGGAUGUAUGUAAAUAUAUUCAAAAUAUGUAUAAAUAUAUAUUAUAUAUAUUUACAAUGAAUUAUUUUUUGUAUUGAUUUUAAAAAUGGAUGUCCCAAUCCACCUAGCAAAUUAGUCUCUUUUUUAACAGCUAUUUGCUAAAUGCUGUUCUUACACAGAAUUUCUUAAUUUUCACCAUCCAAGGGUGGAAAAUACUUUGCUUUCAGGGAAAAUGGUAUAUCAUUAAUUUAUUAACUAAUUGGUAAUGUACAAAACAAUUAAUCGUUUAUAGGGUUGUUGUGUUUUUGUAAUUUAAAUGGCAUUUCUAUGCAGGCAGCACAGAGAACUAGUAGAUAUAUUGCUCAGACUUUACUAGUUUUCAGAUCUUUUUUUAAAAAAAAGAAAUAUUUACAGUAUAUAACUAAUUUGGGGGAAUUAAACUUUUGAUUUAUUUGUGUUUGAAAACUGCAGUGUCAGAUGGUUAUUCUUAUCGAAACCAAAUCCUUUAACAAGAAUGUCUUUUAUUCUCAAUACUUGUCACUUUAACAACUUAACUCUUUAGGCAAUGUUUCCCAUGGUGAAAAACCAAUCAUUCCACCAAGAAAGAAGGAAAGAAAAAAUUAGAAUGGGUUCCUAAAGUAAGGCAAGUCAUUAACUUGUCUCUAACCAUAGCAGGACAUACUGCUCUGAAGUGAGCUGAGCUUCUACCCCAGGUUGCACAUGCAACAGAUUAAAUAGAUUUCUCUUCACUGGGUUGGGUAAUAGGUUCCAGAUCUUUUGGCCUGGAUCUUUUGCCUUUUAGACUAUCCCUCUAUUGUAACUUAAGUUUAAAAAGAGAGAGGUUGUUUAUAAUGACAGUUUGCCAUAGGAAUAUCAGCAUCUUUUUAAAGGAUUAAUUCAUGCUGACUCCAGUAUUUCCUUCUGAUUCAUUCCAUAACAGUAGGUAUAGCACUGGCCUCUGCUAAAAUAUCACUGUUGUUUGUAUCUUUGUACGGAAGUCUUGUGUUUGUACUUUCAGAACCCUCACACUGAUACGGCCAUGCAAUAUGAAUGCAAAUUACACUGUUCUAUGUGUGUGUUUUUUUUAAUUGGGUAAAAGAAGUAUUAAAAUCUGUUAACUUUUGUACUGACAAUAAAAUGUUUCUACAGAUAUUAAUGUUAAAAUUACAAAAUAAAUGUCAUGCAGCUUA